CAAGAAACACCGCCAAGAACCCGAAACAAAAUUAAAAAGAGAACGGACACAAAUAGAACAUUACACGUAUAAUAGGCACGUAGACAAUAUAUUACGUAACUUACGCACUUAAGAAUAGAAAAUAAUUCAAAGGCUCGAGUUGAUUCAUAUCCUUGACCACAUAUAGAGGAUCGCCAACUCUCUAUAAGGCCCGGAGUCAAAGAUUCAAAGGCCUUUUGGUUACUUUGAACCCCCACUCACCUCAAGCGCUCAAACAACGAUUCCAAAAGAUGAAAAAGUUUAUAAAAGAGCAAAUCUUUCUUUCAUUCUAACUCCCAUGCACAAAGUAUUCAUGAAGAACAUUUGAUACACUUUAAUAAACUUUAACGUCUAAUGAUGAAAAUAUUUUGCAGGUCUCCUUGAACUACUCAAUCAUAAGAAUUGUAAUCUAUUCACAUAAAAGAACAUUACAUAUUUUCAUUAAAUCAAGAGUUGUUUAUUGCGCUUAAACAAUCCCAAUUUUUAUGAAAAUAACAAACAAAAACACCAAAACAUAAACAAUCACUCUAUNCAUUUUGGAAUUUUCGAAAUUAACACAACAAGCAAAAAAAAUGUAAACUUCAAUUGAAACAACAUUUUUACAAUGAAAUGGAGAAGAAAAAGAAAUUGACAAAUAAGGGUUACCAAUUGUUGAAGAAGAUGAAUUAAUUGAAGAAAUUGGAGCUUGAACGGAGUUGGAGAUCGCCGCCCAUAUCUGGCCGGAGCUGCAGCCACCGCCGGCCACCGCCUCGCCGGUCGCCUCCAUAGCAGCGGCCAAGCCGCUGCUUUAUUCCCGUUGAUGUUCCCCUCUCGUUGUUCCCCCCUCCAUCUGAUGAUUCUGUGCUCAAUUUAUAGGCAAAGCUUUUCUUCCCGUUGGCAAUUGAUUGUGACGAAAUUGAUGGAGCCGAACGUUGGAGUGUUGAAUGCUUCGCCGGUUUAUGCUAGUUCCGUUGACGACGACGAAGGAGUCGUAGACUCCUUUUCUUUCUUUUCCUGGUGCCUGAGAUUGGAAAUGGAGUGGUUGGGCUAAUUUCAUUAAAGUUGGGUUUGGGCUCCGGCCCAAAAUCAAUCUAUUCUUUUCAAACUUGAACUGCACUUUGGCCUUUUUGCUAUACUUUUCUCCAAAAAUAAGAUAUCUGAUAACCUGGGUUAGGAAAAAUAAAAUAAAAAUAAUAGAAUGUAAAAAAGUGAUUAAAAAACUACUAUUUAUGAAAGAAAAAUAAAAGAUUGUAAAAAUAGAAAUUAAAAUAAAACUAAGCUAAACAGCUAAAAAUUAAACACUAAAAAUAUUAAAAAUGCCUAAAAUUAAAUAAAAAGUACUAACCCAAAAUCGACUUAUCAAAUACCCCCACACUUAAGACUUGAACGUCCUCGUUCAAAGGACCAAAAAGAAUAUAUUAUUUCUUUUUAUCAUCAUCAAGAAAAACAAAAAUGCACCUUAUACCCCCACACUUAAAACUUUAUGCCCAUAGUAUUUUGAAAACAAAGUGAGCUACAAAUCCUAUAAAGAUGGAGAUCUAAAAUAUGGAUUAUUCAGGUUCUAAAAAAAAUGCUCUAAAGUUGCCACAAAAAAGUUUCUUAAGGGAAUCCUAUGCUUCAAACGGCUCAAUGGCAACGGUAGCAAAAUUCAACAAAAUUAAGCCUAAAAAUGAACAAUUUUCUAAAAACAAAAUAUUCCUAAAACCGGUUCUUUUUUUCACAGUUUAAUAUCAAGCAAAGUGAUUAAAACAACAUCUAGAUAAUAUGUGGAUGACCAAUUCUAGAAAAAAACAAAAAUCUAAAGGAAACCUAGAAGGAUUUCAAACUUUUUGAAGGUCAUUUUACCAAGGAAAAGAGCAUAAGACUCAAUGCGGGUUUAUAAAGCAUGCAUUUGUUAUCUUUCAGAAUAAAGCCCUAAGGAAAACAAUGAAGUUUUUGGGUCAUUGUUUAAAAACAAUGCUCUAAAUAAGGAGAUAUGCAAUUAAGAAUGACAAAAAUAUUUGGACCCAAAACUUAUUUUUUUGAAAAAAAAAAAUUGCCCAAAAAUAUACUCCCCCAAACAACGGAAUAAACAUGAGAACCUCUCCCCACACUUAAACUAUGCAUAGUCCUCGAUGCAUCUAAAUGAUAUGCAAAUGAGAAAACAACAAUAUAACCAAGAGAAUAAGCUAAGAGAGAAGAGGACGGGGAGUAACGCAACAACCAAAAGAAUGGAAUGGGAAUGAUAAUUUAAAAAAGUAUACGCGGCAUCAUUUCAUUAUUUUUCCCUCCUUUAAGUUCUCGAUGGACCUAAAAUCUGCAAAGACAAGGCUAAAACCAAGUUUUUUUAGCAUUGAAGAACAAAAAAUCAGAUUUCAAAUAAUGCAGAUUUUUUCUAAUUUAGCACAUAUAAGCUGUGAAAAGUGUAGAAUUUUCAUUCUGCACUCAAAAAAACAAGCUUACAAGGUGCAUAUUUUCAGUUUAUAGCCCAAAAAUCAAAUUGAGAAGUGCAGAAUUUUUCCAUUGGUACUCAAAAAUCAGCCUUAAAAGUGCAGAAUUUUUCAAUUUUCAUCUCAUAAAUGAUCAAAUAUAAACACAGAAGGCUUAAGAAAAUUGAAAUUUAAUGGCAUACCAACACCCGAGCACUUCGAGCCCCUGUUUUAAAACAAUUUUUUUUUUGCACCAUAAUGUGCAGAUUUUUACUCCAAACACCAUGCUUCCACCUAAAACUUAACAAAUCUUGCAAAAAUCUCUCAAAGUAGAUGGUUAGAAGCACAGGUAAAGUAAAAAUAAACAAUUAAGCUCAACAAGAUCACUUUUUUUUUAUUUUAUACAUUAAAAAAAACUAAAUGAAAGAGAGAAAAAAAAUAUUCCUAUAAUUACAAUAAGUACAACUAGAUCGAUUUGGAAAAACAAUUACAAGAAAAGUAAGUUAGUUAUUAAAAGAAAGAGAAUAAA